AUGAUGGCCGCCAUCAGUGACGCGAUCAAGAAAGACCAUCGCGAGAUCGAAGAAUACUAUAAUAACAUCCUCAAUUCCACCACUGAAAAAGAGAAAACACAGUGGCAGAAUCAAUUCACGUGGGAACUUGCCCGUCACUCCAUCGGCGAGGAGUUGGUCAUUUACCCUCAAUUCGAAAAGCUACUGACUGAUGGCCGCGCCAUGGCGGACAAGGACCGCAAGGAGCACCUUUCCGUCAAAGAACAGCUCAAAGCCUUCCAGAAUAUGCAACCUUCGAAUCCUCAAUUCGAGCCUACACUCAAAUCUCUCAUGCAAGAUCUGACUCAGCAUAUCAAAGAAGAGGAAAGCGAGGACCUUCCCAAAUUGGAAGAAAGCCUGACGACGGAGGAGAGCGAGGACCUUUCCAAAACUUUCGGUAGAACGAAGAUGUUUGUUCCGUCGCGAUCGCAUCCCAGUGCGCCCGACAAACCUCCCUUUGAAACCGCAAUUGGACUUUUGACGGCUCCAAUUGAUCAUUUGGGGGAUCUGUUCCGAUCGUGGCCACAUACCUCUGGCAUGCCAAACCCUUCGACCAAAUGA